AUGCACCUCAUUUGGGAGAACAUCAUCAAAAACCUUAUCUUACUCUGGACAGGUGAAUUCAAAGGCCUCGAUGUUGGGUUGGAGGAUUAUGAGCUGGGUGAAAGUGUCUGGAAUGCUGUAUGUCAAGCGGGUGCUAAUUCAGGCUCUUUUAUCCCAUCAGCAUAUGGUGCUCGCCCACCUAAUCCAGCCACUGAACGGAGUAUGUGCACAGCGGACUCGUGGUCAUUUUGGACUCAAUAUCUUGGCCCGGUGCUUUUGCAUCGCAAGUUCUCCAAGCCCAAGUACUAUAAGCACUUUGUGAAGCUUGUUCGCAUGGUCCGUGUUUGUCUUCAGUUCGAGCUCUCAUCCACAGAUAUCAGUGAUUUGAGAAUGGGGUUUGCCUCUUGGGUCGAAGAAUUUGAAGUAAUAUACUACCAACACAAUCCCGAAUGUCUUUCAGCAUGCCCUAUCACAAUUCAUGCACUUCUGCACAUAGCUGAUAGCAUUGAAGAGACCGGACCAGUGUGGACCAGUUGGGCAUUUCCUAUGGAGAGAUUUUGUGGGCAGAUGCAACCCGCAAUUAUGAGCAGACGUCAUCCUGAUGCAUGCAUGGCUCGUUACAUCGUCGAACAUGCUCAACUUACACAAGCAGCGCUUGUCCACAAUUUCACAGAAGAACUGACCCUUCGUCCAUGUCGAUUGGGAGUCAUAGUAGCUGGGCAUUUCAAGCAUGAAUCGUAUCCAUCAUGUGUACUCUUGCCACCACGGAGAACAACCCCACUCACAUCAGUCACACUCUCACGGAUCUUCAAGGCACUUGCAACCCGGUUUGAUGUGUCGUUAGCAUUGGUUCGCCAGCAUGUCAAAGAAGUUUAUAUUGAGCAAUGGGGCAAGGUCCGACGGCUGGAUGGUGGUGACACAAUGCUUGCAGCAGGGCUUGUUUCAUCCCAGCAUGAUUCACGAGAUGCCACAUUUGUGCGAUAUGAGACCCUCAUUGAUAAAUUCGCUCGACAACAUCACAUGCCACCCGCAUAUGAGAAACAGACAUUCUAUGGGCGUCUGGAACAUAUUUUUGUCAUUCGCAUUCCGCAUACUCCAGCGCUCAAAGUUGAUGGUCCAACUACAAUUUUCCUCGCUGCAUUGUCAACAUGCAAACUCGAAUCCACUCCAUCAAGUUUGAGUGCUCUUGACAUUCACUUUUACAGUAGCCUCAAUGAUACUUUAGACAUUGUGGACAUUGUCUGCUUGCAAUGUCUCGUUGGGCGUGUGCCAAUGGAUGGAGGUCGGCAGUGGGCAAUCAUUGACCGAAGCGGGAAUCUUGCUCGUGCAGUUUUCGAGGAUUCUUAG